UUUUGGCUGAAGCUAAUAUUACCAUGGAAGACAUCCAGGCUGAGCGUUUGUGUUUUAUUGAGCGCCUUUUUGGUUGUAGGAAGGCGGAGCCACGAUAAACGCAACACAUUAUCAGUUGUAAGUAGGCGGAGCACAUUUUCGACGUCAUUGGCUUUUAAGAAGUGUUUAGGAGGAACCAUGCGACUGCGUCAUGAAUACCCCGCCCCCUUAUUAGAGAACACUGAGAGGAGAGCGAAAGUUCAGUGUGCGCCAGUUGAGAUGUGAGGAGGACACAAGAGCUGAGCACGGACUACACGCUCCACAGAAGUUCGGGGAUAACUGAAGACAAGGACACAUUUGUUAUUUCUCUUUCUGAGCUGCUCCUGAUGCCCAUAUUUGUCCUAAUAAUGACGGUAACGACUGACGUGAAAUAUUUGUGUUUUAAGUGACUGUGCACUCGCGUUUUUCAUAAAAACAUAGGAAGAACUUUGAGAUUAAGCAUACAUUUAUAUGAUAUGCAGACUUUGAAAAGGAACCUUUUUCAAAGAAGUCUAAUUCAGAGGAAUAUCUGCUUUUCCUCUUCUUUUUUUUUUUUUUUUUUCAACUGGGUGACAAAAUAUUCUUUGAAGCUUUUUUAAUCUAAACAGUGUCUAUGGAGCUACAUAAUCACCCUUAACACACAAAAGCAUCUUCUCUUGGGACUGUUUAUGCCAGGAAAGUUUUCAUUAACUUAGCUCAUUCAAAAAAGGUGACUGAAAAUCCAGCAUGGGGGGCUCACCUCUGAAAAUUGUAAUUUCUCUGUGGUGUCAGCUGGUCAUUGCUGCAUAUAGUCUAGAGAUUGGCUCCUAUGACCUGGAGAGAGGGAGACCGGCUAAAUGCGAGCCUGUCGUCAUCCCUAUGUGCCAGGGCAUCGGGUACAACCUCACUCGGAUGCCGAACUUUAUGGACCAUGCCAAUCAGAGAGAAGCUGCGAUUAAGCUGAAUGAAUUCGCCCCUCUGGUGGAAUAUGGUUGUGAUGUGCAUUUGAGAUUUUUCCUCUGCUCUCUUUAUGCCCCUAUGUGUACGGACCAAGUGUCCACAUCCAUCCCCGCCUGCCGUCCGAUGUGCGAACAGGCACGUCAGAAGUGCUCGCCCAUCAUGGAGAAGUUUAAUUACGCCUGGCCUGAUUCUUUGGACUGCUCUAAACUGCCCACCAGAAACGACCCCAACGCGCUGUGCAUGGAAGCCCCGGAAAAUGAUACCAAAACCGAAACUAAGAAAGGAGAGGGCAUGUUGCCUGUUCUGCCCAGACCGAAGCAGCCUGGCGCUGGGAACGGUCGCUCAGGGGGAAGCAUGGGAGUUUGUGAGAACCCGGAAAAGUUCCAGUAUGUGGAAAAGCGUGAGACUUGUGCUCCGCGCUGCUCAUCGGCCGUGGAUGUGUUCUGGUCCAGACAGGAUAAAGACUUUGCUUUCAUUUGGAUGGUGGUUUGGUCCACUCUGUGCUUCGUAUCCACAGCUUUCACAGUCCUGACCUUCCUGCUUGACCCACAUCGCUUUCAGUACCCAGAGCGGCCCAUCAUCUUCCUCUCCAUGUGCUACAACGUUUACUCAGUCGCCUUCAUCAUUCGAUCCGUCGCUGGGGCGGAGAACAUUGCGUGUGACCGUGAGAACGGCGAGUUGUAUAUUAUCCAAGAGGGCUUGGAAAGUACGGGUUGCACCAUAGUCUUCCUCAUCCUCUACUAUUUUGGCAUGGCAAGCUCAAUCUGGUGGGUCAUCCUCACCCUCACUUGGUUCCUGGCGGCAGGUAAGAAAUGGGGUCACGAGGCUAUUGAGUCACACAGCAGUUACUUCCACAUGGCUGCGUGGGGCAUCCCUGCACUGAAGACCAUAAUUAUCCUCACCAUGCGGAAAGUGGCAGGCGACGAGCUCACCGGACUGUGCUAUGUGGGCAGUAUGGAUGUGGGGGCGCUAACAGGCUUCGUCCUCGUGCCUCUGUCCUGUUACCUCAUCAUUGGGACGUCUUUUAUCCUCACCGGCUUUGUGGCACUUUUUCAUAUCCGAAAGGUUAUGAAGACCGAAGGCACAAACACAGAAAAGCUAGAAAAGCUGAUGGUGAAAAUCGGCAUCUACUCCAUCCUGUACACAGUUCCCGCCACCUGCGUCAUCAUUUGCUACUUCUAUGAACGUAUCAACAUGGACUACUGGAAAUUUCGAGGACUGCAAAGCAAAUGCAUCACAUACCCGGGUCGGAGGAACGAGGACUGCGCCCUGGAGUCUUCGGUGCCCACCGUGGCCGUGUUCAUGCUGAAGAUCUUCAUGUCGCUGGUGGUGGGCAUCACCAGUGGCGUGUGGGUCUGGAGCUCCAAGACGCUGCAGACUUGGCAGGGGCUGUGUAGCAGGAAGUUGACAGACAGGACUUGCAGGAAGCAUUGCAGCGGGAGCUGCAGCACCAGUCACUGCCACUACAAAGCACCUGCCGUUAUACUGCACAUGUCAAAGACUGAUCCCUACUUGGACUGUCCCACACACGUAUGAGCGCAGCACUGAGACUGUGGCCUCAUCUGUGACUCUGUGAGAAUAAGACAUACGGCGCAGUAAAGUUUUGUGGUGAAGUGAACAAACUUAAAACCCAACAUUGCAGCUAAACAAUGGAUUGACAGUACUUGUUUUUUAAAGGGAGAAUUUAAUUAUUGCUUGCUGUAGCACAGAAUGAGACAGAUAUGCACUUCCUAAUCAGUUCUAAAUAUCUGCAAUCGCUCUUGCAGUGUCCCCAUCUAUAAGCUGUUCAAUGACUUGUUAAUAUGGUUAACUACUUGUUCAAUAGGACUUUUAUUUAUUGUAUAUAUAUAUAUUUAAUUGUGCUUUGUCUUGAUUUCUCACAAGAUGGCAUUGAUCAGUCUGUUAAUAAGUGCCUUUUUGGAGAAUAUAAUUAAAUGUUAUAUAUUUUCAA